CACAUCCCACGAGACAUAAAAAGGGAGUUGCAGGAUUCGACGGAGAUCGGAUUCGGUUAGGGUUAGCAGAGAAGAACUAUGGAGGGUUGGGAUCCGAAUACUAAGUCGACGCUUACCCAAAUCCCUCUGUUAACGACGAAAGCCGGGCCCAGAGAUGGCGCGGCAUGGACACAGAGGCUGAAGGAGGAGUACAAGGCAUUGAUCGCCUACACUCAGAUGAACAAGUCAAAUGACAACGACUGGUUUAGGAUCUCAGCUGCCAAUCCAGAAGGAACACGAUGGACCGGAAAGUGCUGGUACAUCCACAACCUUCUCAAGUACGAAUUUGAUCUUCAAUUCGAUAUUCCCGUCACGUAUCCGUCUACAGCGCCGGAGCUUGAGCUGCCGGAGCUCGAUGGAAAAACCCAGAAGAUGUACAGAGGCGGAAAGAUCUGCUUAACCAUUCACUUCAAGCCUCUCUGGGCGAAAAAUUGUCCUAGGUUUGGAAUUGCUCACGCUCUUUGUUUGGGACUUGCACCAUGGCUUGCUGCUGAGGUUCCAAUUCUUGUCGAUUCUGGUAUGAUCAAGCACAAAGACAACACAACAUCGACCAGUGAAUCUUAGAAAGCAUAUGAACUUGUCAUGGCCAUAAAAGUGAAACUUUUGACCUCGUACAUUUAUGGACAAUUGGAAAAUAAAACUUAUCAGACCCCAAAGUUGUAAUUUAGAGGUUGUUCUUCGACUCCCCGGCCCAUAAUUUAACUGCAGAGGUUACAGCCCUUCAGUUACAUAUACACAUAGUUAUGUAUUUUCUGGGAUUCAGUUCAUAAAUGUUGAUACAUCAGCUACUCACCUUUUGUUUACCAUUGUUCUCUCUUGGAUUGUCCUUCAAAAGAUUAUACCAGUAUGCCUUAUUCUUUUCUA